AUGGAGCUCGUGGAGAAUUCGCUGCCACGCUCGAUUUUUGAGCGGAAGAAUGAGCCCCAGCUCGGGGUGUACGAGAAAAAGCGAGGCUCCAGCGUUGACGCCGACAUGUCCUACGAUGCGCUGGUUAGAGAUCUCGAGCAACUGGAAGGAAUGUCGUCUUCCAUGUCUUCCACAUCCAUCGCCGUUGUCACGUCGCAGCACAUGAAGCGCUUUGAUGGGGACGACUGGAAAUGGGUGCUGGAGAAUCGCCUGGCAACUCUAAGAGCCGUAUUUGUGGCGGAGGCCGCUGUUGCGUGCCGAGUGGCUCCGGAGGAUAUUGAGGGCCUUCAGUUCCGCCUCGGUAGCCUGUAUGUGACGUUCCACGUCUCACACGACGCCGAUGUCGGCGAGGAUGAGAUACAGGAGCGCGUGGACCUUUAUCCGUUCAGAGAGAUGAUGCGACUGUACGCGGACCGUGACGGGCCGGCCACCGGCCUUGAUGCGGCGCUCAAACGCAUUGCUGAACUCGAGGCGGAGAUGAAAAACAAGAUGGCCGAACUGCAAGAGGACAACGCGAAGAGACUGGAAGACGUCGAGCGGGCAAAGGAGCAGUUGGAGCAGGAGCUGAGGCAACUGCUGGAGGAAAGGGAGCGGGAGCUAGGCGAGGCCCUUGGCAAGGCGCAGGAGGCUCUGCGCGUAAGCGAGGCCGAGAAGAAGCGCCUUGACGAGGACCGCAGGAAAGCACUCGAGGCAACCAAACGCGAGCGCAAUCGCCUUGACAAACUCGCACUCCGUCAGAACGAGCUGAUCGCGGCCAUUAUCCAAGAGAACAAGAAGGAGAUGGAGGCGAAGGAGCGCGAGUUUGAGGAGAACCUUCUCGCAAAAGACGUCAUCAUUGAGAAUCUCCGUGCCCGUCUGCGUUCCAAAAGCGAGCCGGCAAAUAACGACGCCUACUCGCGCGCUGCCUCCGCCGACACCGACCGCGCGGAGGAAUUUGCCAAGCUGAUGGGGCGCAUGGAGGAGAUGGCGAUUGUCCUUGAGAAGACACAGGAGGCGGAUACGGAGGCACGCGGCGAGAUUCAGCGACUCUCGGAGGCGCUGAAGCUCUCGGAGGAAGCACGCCAGUCGGAUGCCGUCAUAUACGAGAACAAUGUUCUGGCGCUGAAGCAGCAGCUGCAGGCCUUCCGUGACACGAAGCUCGCCGAGGACCACCAGAAGCGGCAGGAGGAAUCCCGUUUGCGCCGCAGCACGUCACUAACGAAGGAGGAGAAAACAAAUGAGACAAUUGUUCGCCAAUAUGAGACAGCGUUGGAAAAUAUAAUGGGAACGCUCCAGGACCGGCUCACCAUUUUGCGUGAAGAGUAUGCGUCGUUCCUCAAGGUUUCAGAGGAAGAAACGGAAAGCGAGAAGGGUGUGCUCAAUGAGCACGAGCAGGACAACCACCGCAUACGACAAACAUUCCGCACCACAUCGUUGACGCUGCAGCGAGUGUUCUGGAGCACACGCGAGAAUGAAGUUCAGGAGGUCGUCGCAGAGCUAGACAACGCAGCGGCCGGUGCAGAGAAGUCACGUGCUGCCGUGAAGGUCACAUUGGCGCUUCUGGAUUCGCGUCUUAAGUCCUUCAACGAGCAAAAGGAGUGGAUGGAGACGCACCAGCAGGCGCUGGAAGAGCUCAUCACAUCUUUGCGGCAGUUGAACAAACGUGCUUUCGAGCGCCAGCUCUCCUUAAUGAAUGAGCAGGCAGCAAAACUAUUGUCCGCAUCAUAG